UCCUUGACUUCUCUUUCAGAUUAGGUACAAGCAAAUACACAGAACUCUACAUGGGGCCCCUACAGAUUCAAAGCAUUUAUAGCCGUCAGAUCAAGCCAAAGACUUCACUUUAGAUCAGCGCCAAUGAGGAGCAGGUCAAUUACGUCAAUGUCCACCCGCCGACAUGACCCUCACAAGAUGGAGCCGUUUAACAAACACCUCCUACAAAUUCCUUAAUAAAACGCUACCAAAACCCACGCUUUUACUCAAACUGGUCAUCACAUAUUCACACCCUCUCUUUCAUGGGGAACCAAAUAACACGCCGCCGAUCAGAUGCCACCGGAAAAGUUGUUCUCUCCGACGGCACGGUCCACGAAUUCGAUGACCCAUUAACCGUCGCCGAGCUGAUGUUGGAGCACUCGCAGCAAGUCGUGGUUGAGUUGCAGUCGGCUGUGAAAGAAAAGCGGCCGACUCCAUUGCCGGCCGACAUGAAGUUAGAGACGAAAAAGAUUUACGUAAUGCUUCCUGUAAAGCGAGGGAAGCCAGCUGCAAUUUCCGGCGAAGAAGUUCGCCGGAUUCUUUUAAGCGCAAAUGUUUCAGCUCUGCGUUCGAGGUCUCUUUUGUCUUCGCCAAGGUUUCUUCCACUGUUUUGCCGGAUAUGCCCGGCAAGUUUAGGGGAUCAUGCACAAGGGUUUGCGCUGCAGAAGAAUGAAAGCGUGGAGACGACGGAGGAGAGAUUCGUCCCGGAGUUUCCGCCGGAGAUAUUAGAUGAGAGGCCGGAAUAUUUGAGUAGGCAAUUAUCAGGCAAGGGGUGGAAACCCAGUUUGGAUACGAUAAGGGAGAAGAAGGUCAAGAAGAAGUUGUCUCGCUUGCUGUUUUGAGGAGAGGAGAAAGAAAGUUUUCUUCCGAAUUUAGUCCCCAGUUUGUGAAACUCAGGUGUACUCUUAGAGCGCGUGAUUUUUACAUUUAUUUUUAAAAAUAGACUUGAGAAUCACAUGAUCUAUUAAAAAUUAUAUGAAAAUUCUAGUUCGAGGAUAACUUAAGAGUG